CCCUAUUUCUUCUAUUCAUUCUUUCUUGUUACCGCUAAUUAUAUGUUGUGUACUUUCUUGAAUGUUCAAAGAUAUUAUCUUUAGAGUUUGGUGAUACUUUAUACCAGUAGUAUUAGUAUUAUUCUCAUAGUUCUUUGUUCUACAAUAUCUGUUACUAUCUGUUGUUUCUUGUAUUAGAUUAUUGUAUCAUUUAGCUAUUGUUACUUUUCUUUUCUUUCAGAAUGCUAUGUAAUUUUUUUUUUUUUGGUAAGGAAAAUUGGGUAAAAUGUUUUCUUUAUUAUUUGCCAUGGCUUCUUCACUUUCCUUUUGCCUCUCUAAAUUAGUUACCACUAAUUUUGUGUUGGGUACUUUCAAGAAUGUUUGUGCUUGUUGAAUACUUGAAUAAUGGAGUGCGGAAGAAAGCUUUCUAUAGUUUCUGUUUGCACUAACUAUACUAAACUAAGUAAGCGUUUGGGCCAUAGAAACCAAAUAUUUUCACUUUAUUUUAAAUUUUUGAAGUUGGAGUUGAAAAUGGAGUUGUGUUUGGUUAUACUUUUUGCAAAGGAGAGGAGAGCAUUUUGUUUGGAAUUAUGAAGAAGGAGUUAGAAAUCAGGUUAUAAGUUGUUUUUCAAAUUCGGAAUCCUACUUUAAGUUGAAUUUGAAAUUUCAUGGCCAAACACGGAUUUUUGAAUAAAGUGAAAAAUUUAUUCCGGAAAAACAUGAAUAAUUUUUAUUGCCAAACGGCUGAUAAAUGUGCAGAAAACUUAUAGCUUUAACAGUGUUCACUUUGUACUUUAGGUACUAUUUUGAAUGAAGCUCCAAAGUUGAGGGUUUUGGGCUUCUUUUCUGAGUCCAAACAGGGGGUAAAGGCAAAACUGUAAAACCUUGCCAACCACACAGCCGGAAAGUAUUGCUCCCAUCUUGACUUCAGCCUUUGUUUUCUUCCUUUGAAACGAUUGACCUGACUGGCUUGAAACUUGAUUUGAUUAUCCGCCGCCGCUAAACCCGCUCCACCACCACUGCCCUUCCAUUUGCUGUCGUUGUUUGCCUCUUUCCACCACAGCCGAGAUGGAAAGUAGCAGCGGGAGCACCAGCUACGCCGGUGAGUGGAGAGCAGAGGAAGCUAUCGCCGGCAACACUGAAGCCCUUCAAGUUCUCAGAGAACUCAUUACCUACCCCCUCCUGUACUCUGCUGAAUCUCGAAAACUUGGCCUAAAGUGGCCACGUGGAUUGUUGCUAUAUGGACCUCCUGGAACUGGCAAGACAAGCUUAGUUCGAGCAGUUGUUCAAGAAUGUGGCGCCCAUUUGAUCGUAAUAAGUCCCCAUUCCGUUCACAGGGCUCAUGCUGGUGAAAGUGAGAAAAUUUUGCGGGAGGCAUUUUCUGAAGCAUCAUCUCGUGCAAAAUUAGGCAAGCCAUCGGUCAUCUUUUUAGAUGAAAUAGAUGCUCUUUGUCCUCGUAGAGAUUCUAGAAGGGAGCAAGAAAUUCGUGUAGCCUCUCAGCUCUUUAUGUUGAUGGAUUCCAUUAAAUCCUCAUCGACAUCUGUAUCACAUGUUGUGGUGGUAGCAUCAACUAAUAGGCCGGAUGCUAUUGACCCAGCUUUAAGAAGGGCUGGACGUUUUGAUGCUGAAAUUGAAGUCACAACACCUACCGAGGAAGAGCGGUUGCAUAUUCUCAAGCUUUAUACGAAGAAGCUUCAAUUGGAUGCGAGUGUUGACCUUCGAGCCGUUGCUGCAUCUUGCAAUGGUUAUGUUGGGGCAGAUUUAGAGGCUUUGUGUCGUGAAGCUGCAAUGUCUGCAGUAAGAAAGUGCUCUGAUUCAAAUCUAGACGAGGACUCCUACAGCAUUAAUAUGGAAGAUUGGAAGCAUGCAAGAGCAGUGGUUGGUCCUAGUAUAACGAGGGGUGUUACUGUUGAAAUCCCCAAGGUUUCUUGGGAAGAUAUUGGAGGGUUGAAAGACAUAAAGAAAAAGCUUCAGCAAGCUGUUGAAUGGCCUUUAAAACACUCUGAAGCAUUUGAACGGCUGGGAGUAUCACCUUCCCGUGGAAUCCUUCUUCAUGGACCACCAGGGUGCUCCAAAACAACCCUUGCUAAAGCUGCUGCUCAUGCUGCCCAAGCUUCAUUCUUUUCCUUGAGUGGUGCAGAGCUGUAUUCUAUGUAUGUUGGUGAGGGUGAAGCUUUAUUGCGCAAUGCUUUCCGAAGAGCUCGCCUUGCAGCACCAAGUAUAAUAUUCUUUGAUGAGGCUGAUGUUGUUGCAACCAAACGAGGAGGAAGUUCAAGUGGAAGCAGUACAGUUGGAGAGAGACUUCUAUCCACCCUCCUAACUGAAAUGGAUGGUUUAGAGCAGGCUAAAGGAAUUCUUGUUUUGGCUGCCACAAAUCGGCCCCACGCAAUUGAUGCUGCACUGAUGCGCCCAGGAAGAUUUGAUCUCGUUCUUUAUGUCCCCCCUCCUGACUUGGAAGCUCGAUUCGAGAUUCUAUGUGUUCAUACGCGAGAUAUGAAAUUGAGUAAUGAUGUUAAUCUCAGACAAAUUGCAGAAGACACAGAGCUUUUUACUGGAGCUGAGCUGGAAGGGCUAUGCAGAGAAGCUGGAAUAGUUGCUUUGAGAGAGAACAUAUCUGCAACAGUUGUAUGUGAUCGGCACUUCCAAAUAGUCAAGAACUCGCUAAAGCCAGCACUUACCGAAGAAGAGGUUGUUUCCUAUUCUUCCUUCAUGAAGAAUCGAUCUGAAAGGUCUACUAAUUCAUUUGAAGCCAGUUCCAAAAAGAGUGACAAGCAAACCAAGAACUUGUUAGUUUUGGCCAGUCCUCUUACAAUUGGCGUCAUUAGUGUUGUAUUAUAUAUUGGUGUUAGAUACUUUCUGAUGCCUACUGAAACGUUGUCGAGGGAACUAACGAGUACAUAGCGUCCAACUAUUUUAAUUCCAGCAUAUGAUUAAAUUACCAAAAUUUUGAAAACAAUUUCUUAACCAGUUGAGGCAUCCUUGGACGUGAUAUAAGAUUUGAUGCUUUUGGUUGUC